UGCUUCUUUGUGAAAAUUUUGAUUUGGGGUUCGUCGAGCUUUCUUUCACUCGGUCUGUGCAUUCUCAGUUUCCAGUUGGGACUUGCUAUGAUCUUGAUUUGACAUUGGGGAAUUGCUGGAGCUGUUGAUCAUCUUUUGCCACCAAUGGAAGAACCACUUCUAUCUGCUCAUGUGGAGGAUGUUGAGCGAGGGCCUCAACUCGACUCGAAGGACAAUGCUGAAAGUAUUUGGGAUGUGAUGACUUUUAGAUCCAUCACUUCUGUGAUGAAUCACGGCAUUGUAAAGCAGCUUGACUUUGAAGAUUUGCUGUGCCUACCUGGUGACAUGGAUCCUGCUUUCUGUCACAAUGUGUUGUCAAGCUGCUGGCAAGAUGAGGAAGGUCGGCCUGAACCCUUUUUGCUCAAAGCGAUUUUCUAUGCGUAUGGAUGGCCAUAUUUGAGGCUUGGUGUAUUGAAGGUAUUUAAUGAUGGAUUAGGCUUCGUGGGGCCUCUGCUUCUAAACAGGCUUAUUCAUUUUCUUCAACAAGGUGUGCUGCAUUCGCCAUAUCCAUAUACUAGCAGUAAUUCAUGUAUAAUGAAAUCGCUAUUGUUGUCCUCUUGUGUAUGCUUGAGGACCUUCUUCAACAGAAGAAGGCUGUAUUUCUGCUACAAUUUCCAUUCCUCAGGUUCUCCACAUUGGGAUGGCCUUCUUCUUGCAUUGUCCUUGGGCCUCACUUCUGUUUUGAAGUCAUUCUUAGAUACGCAAUAUUCUUUUCGUCUCGCAAAGUUAAAGCUUAAACUACGGUCGAGUAUCAUGACUAUCAUUUAUAACAAGUGCUUGUGUCUCACACUAGCCGCACAAUCUAGGUUCUCUGAGGGUGAAAUACAGACGUUUAUGUCGGUUGAUGCUGAUCGAACGGUCAACUUAUGCAAUAGCUUCCAUGAUAUAUGGAGCUUACCUUUACAGAUUGGAGUGGCUUUGUAUCUCUUGUAUACCCAAGUCAGAUUUGCCUUUCUUGCUGGACUUGCAAUAACCAUCCUAUUGAUACCAGUGAAUAAGUGGAUCUCUGAGCUCAUUGCAAAUGCUACAGAGAAAAUGAUGAAGCAAAAGGAUGAAAGGGUUAGACGAACGGGUGAAAUUUUAUCACAUAUUCGCACUUUAAAGAUGUAUGGCUGGGAGCAGCUCUUCUCCAAAUGGGUGAUGGAGACAAGAAAUUUGGAAGUAAAGCACCUAGCUACAAGGAAGUAUCUGGAUGCAUGGUGCGUUUUCUUUUGGGCUGCAACACCUACUCUUUUCUCCCUGUGUACGUUUGGACUUUUCAGUCUGAUGGGGUAUCAACUAGAUGCUGCAACGGUCUUCACUUGUCUCGCUCUGUUUAACAAUUUGAUAUCUCCUCUAAACUCAUUCCCAUGGGUCAUUAAUGGAUUAAUCGAUGCCUUCAUAUCAACCAGACGGCUGAGCAGGUUUCUUCGAUGUUCAGUUAGUAAACAUGAGGAAAAUGUUAUAUCGCCAGGUGAUGGCUCGAAUAUCAUCCCUAAAGACAUGGCUGCUGUUAUGAAUGAUGCUUGUUGUGCUUGGUCGAGUAGUGAUGAUAAGCUGGAGAGCACAGUUCUGAAUCAUAUGAACUUAAGCCUCCCCAAGGGUGCAGUGAUUGCAGUCAUUGGAGAGGUUGGUUCUGGUAAGUCCUCAUUGUUGUGUGCUAUAUUAGGAGAAAUGAAGCUCAUAAAGGGCUCCAUACAUUCCAGUGGAUCUGUAGCAUACGUACCUCAGGUCCCGUGGAUUUUAGCAGGAACAAUUCGUGACAACAUUUUGUUUGGAAGAAAUUAUGAUUCAGAACGAUACUUGAACACUAUAAAAGUUUGUGCACUGGAUAUUGAUAUUUCACUAAUGGCUGGAGGUGAUAUGGCUUAUAUUGGAGAGCAAGGUGUAAACUUAUCGGGUGGGCAGAGGGCUCGUCUUGCUUUAGCAAGGGCCAUUUACCAAGGGUCUGAUCUAUAUCUGCUAGACGAUGUCCUUAGUGCUGUCGAUGCUCAUGUUGCUAGGUGGAUUUUGCAAAAUGCUAUUCUUGGCCCUCUCAUGAGUCAAACAACCCGCAUCCUUUGUACUCAUAAUGUUCAGGCUAUUUCAUCUGCUGAUUUGGUUAUUGUGUUGGACAAAGGAGAAGUGAGAUGGACAGGAAGUUCAGUUGACUUGGUAGCUUCAUCACAUUCUUCCUUCUUUCAACAGAAUGAGUUUGAUGCUAUGUGUAGUGGUCAACAAGAACUAGUCCUAGAUAAUUCCAUCCAUGGCAGAGAAAAUAAAGAACAUACACAUUCAACUGAAGUAGUGGAAGAGAUUAUUGAAGAAGAGCAAAGAAAAGAGGGCAGAGUUGAAAUUUCUGUGUACAAGAACUAUGCUUCAUAUGCUGGUUGGUUUGUCACAAUUGUGAUAUGUCUUUCGGCAAUCUUGAUGCAAGCAACCCGGAAUGGAAAUGACCUAUGGCUGUCAUAUUGGGUUGACACAACAGGAACCAGUCAAAAAGGAUUUUCAACGUCUUUCUACCUGGUUGUUCUCAGCAUAUUUUGUGCAGCAAAUUCGUUUCUGACACUAGUGAGGGCAUUUUCAUUCGCAUUUGGUGGGUUACAAGCUGCAGUUCAGGUGCACAAUAGAUUGCUUGAUAAGCUUAUUGACGCUCCUGUACAGUUCUUUGUUCAAACACCUAGUGGAAGAAUUCUUAACAGAUUCUCUUCAGAUCUUUACACGAUUGACGACUCUCUCCCAUUCAUGCUCAACAUUCUUGUUGCCAAUUUUGUUGGACUCUUGGGAAUAGCAGUCGUUUUGUCAUAUGUGCAGGUUUUCUUCUUGCUUCUCGUGUUGCCAUUUUGGCUCAUCUACAGCAAGCUACAGUUUUUCUACAGGUCAACAUCAAGAGAAUUGCGAAGGCUUGACAGUGUUUCUCGAUCCCCUAUAUAUGCUACCUUCACAGAGACACUCAAGGGGUCAUCCACGAUAAGAGCAUUCAAGUCUGAGGAAUUUUUCCAGCACAAAUUCACGGAACAUGUGACAUUGUAUCAGCGAACAUCUUACUCAGAGACAAUAGCAAGUUUGUGGCUGUCAUUACGCCUACAGUUGAUAGGAGCAUUUAUAGUCACCUUUGUUGCGGUGAUGGCUGUUGCUGGGUCCAGAAGCUAUUUGCCAGUUGAUUUUGGCACUCCUGGACUGGUUGGUUUGGCUCUUUCUUAUGCUUCUCCAAUUGUAUCCUUGCUGGGAAACUUCCUAACAAGUUUUGCCGAAACUGAAAAGGAAUUAGUUUCUGUCGAGAGAGCUCUUGAGUACAUGGACAUCCCACAAGAAGUGGUGGAAGAAUCCAAAGCUCAGGAUCCCCAUUGGCCAAUUCGAGGGAUGAUCGAAUAUAAGAACGUGACAAUGAGAUACAUGCCCACUUUGCCACCUGCACUACGUGAUGUCACAUUCACAAUUGCAGGAGGAACCCAGGUGGGAAUCAUUGGAAGAACAGGUGCUGGCAAAUCUAGCAUCCUGAAUGCUCUUUUCCGCCUUUCACCUGUAAGCAGUGGAUACAUUCUGGUCGAUGGGCUUAACAUAGUUGAUGUGCCUGUCAGAGAUUUGCGUUCACGCUUAGCUGUUGUUCCUCAAAGCCCCUUCUUGUUUCAAGGGUCAUUAAGGGAUAAUCUUGACCCUCUUGGUAAAAGCAAUGAUACUACGAUGUGGGAAAUCCUGGAGAAAUGCCAUGUCAAGGGUGAAGUAGAAGCAGCUGGUGGAUUGGACAUCCAUGUUCAGGAAUCUGGAACCUCGUUCUCUGUUGGACAAAGGCAGCUGCUUUGUCUCGCCCGAGCUCUUCUCAAGUCCUCCAAGGUUCUAUGUUUGGACGAGUGCACGGCGAAUGUGGAUGCACAGACAGCAAGGCUACUCCAGAACACAAUCUCCAGUGGAUGCAGAGGGAUGACGGUGGUCACAAUCGCACAUCGGAUCUCGACAGUACUGGACAUGGAUGACAUACUCAUCCUUGAACAGGGGAAGCUGGUGGAGAAGGGGAAUCCACAAGCUCUUCUGGCAGAUCCUUCCUCCAAAUUCUCGAGCUUUGCUAAAGCCUCUACUAUGUAAGCAUUCUUAGCUUGAUGUACCCUGCCUUCUUGGGAAAGGCUUUUGCCUUGUCGUUGUAGUCUAGUUAGUUGUUGAACUGGAUUUGUACCACCUUUUUGCUUGCCUAGUAUGUCAAAGGCUUUUGCCUUUGUUAUUGUAGUUUAGUUGGUCACUGGACUUCAUGUAGUACUUAGAAAUCUCAUUUCCCCUGCCCUUUGCUUGGGAAAGAAGAAACCACUCUGCAUAAAGUAGGU